CUCCAAGCGAUAAAGCCAGAGACGCCAUUUCUGCCUCCUCCCUUCCGCUUCUCCUCCUCCGCCGGCGCCGCCCCAAAACCCUAAGGGUGGUGAGCUACCGGCCGCAAACAUGAGUAAGUUGCAAACCGAGGCUCUCAAGGAGGCCAUCUCCCAGGUUGUUGGGGAUUCCAAGGAGAAGAACAGGAAUUUCACCGAGACCGUUGAGCUUCAGAUUGGUCUCAAGAACUAUGACCCGCAAAAGGACAAGCGUUUCAGUGGCUCUGUUAAGCUGCCCCAUAUCCCCCGACCCAAGAUGAAGGUCUGCAUGCUUGGAGAUGCUCAGCAUGUCGAGGAGGCUGAGAAGAUUGGGCUUGACUGCAUGGAUGUUGAAGCUCUUAAGAAGAUGAACAAGAACAAGAAGCUCGUAAAGAAGCUUGCCAAGAAGUACCAUGCUUUCUUAGCAUCAGAGGCCAUCAUCAAGCAGAUUCCCCGUCUCCUUGGUCCUGGUCUGAACAAGGCAGGCAAGUUCCCUACAUUGGUUACUCAUCAAGAGUCUCUUGAAUCCAAGGUCAACGAGACGAAAGCUACAGUCAAGUUCCAGCUGAAGAAGGUUCUGUGCAUGGGUGUUGCUGUGGGUAACUUGUCGAUGGAGGAGAAGCAGAUCCAACAAAACAUCCAAAUGAGCGUCAACUUCCUUGUGUCCCUUUUGAAAAAGAACUGGCAAAAUGUGAGGUGCCUGUACAUCAAAAGCACCAUGGGGAAACCGUACAGGGUGUUCUAAGUUGGUUUGCUCCACCUUGAAGCUGAUAAGAAGCUGGGCUAUUGAACUGAGCUUGUCCUUACAUUAGAUCUUUAGAGCUGCUUGCACUGAUAUCAGUUCUGUUCUUGCCCAUGAGAAUAUCGAGAUAUAUAAUCUUAUUUUGUAGUAUUUUCUUGACAGAACGUUGUUAAGCAGUGUCUCUUCGGAACAUGCGAAUGAGAAUUGUGUUAAUUAUGAAUGGUUUUGUUCCUG